AUGGAUGCAGUUCUGGAAGAUCAACGUGCGACAGCUCUGACGGGGUUUAGCCUUCAACACAACGAAUCGCGUAUACCUACUUUUAAAGAACAUGAAGGACAGGACGUUCGACCUCAACGUCUCAGGAUCUUCCACAAGACUGACUGGUUCUUGGAGACCACUUUCGUCAUGGACCCCGGCUGUAUCGCCAAAUGCUUUUAUCUCGGUGUUGUCGACAACUUCAAAAGCUUGCCUCAUUUUGCCAAUAUCGGAGUGCCUCAGCCAGCUGAAGUGGUUGCAUUUGGCAAGGUCAAAGAAGCGGAAUCGGUAUGGCUGGAGGAUCUUCAGAUCUUUGAUAAUGCUAGCAGAGGGCCCCUGGGUGCCCUCAAGUUCUUCUGGAAUGCCCCUUCCAAAUCGUGGCUGCCAUGGGUCGGAUGCUUUGUUACGCUUGUGGCCAUCGCCGUCGACCCCUUUACCCAGCAAAUCCUGAAUUUCGAGCCUCGACUCACGGAGGCCUUUGAUGCCGACUCUUCAGUCGGAGCAUCUCAGGUUUACGAUUUUGGUACGAUGGGAGACCCAUCUUCAGAGGGACUAACAUUCCAGCUUCCUAGAGAUAACCCACUCCAGGCCGCCAUUACGGGUGCCUUAUAUGACCAGGCCAGAUUGCCGGCCUUUGUGUGUCAAGGAAUUAUUUGCGACUACCCUACGUUCGCCUCACUAGGUGUAAGCAGCAACUGCCAGGACGUCAGGCAGACUACAGUUGUCAACUGUACUGGGCAAGAUGAAGCUCGCGAAAAUUGUGUAUUGACAACGCCCAGCCAGUCUGUGUUGUUCGCGUCCACUAGCUUUUCCGCUCGCCUGGGAUUUGGCCACACCCGGUUGAACACAAGCCUGACACGAAAUCCGUCGCGAGGAAUAGGAGCAGUUCUCUCGCUAAGCGUUGUGCGGCUGCCCGAUGUUGGCACCCGGGAUACCUGA